AUGAAUACGGCCGAGAGAUUAGUACUUGCUGGAGACAGAAAAACUGGCCAGAGCGUGCGAUCUGAAAAUGUUACCGCCGUUGCCGCAAUCGCCAAUAUUGUCAAGUCUUCUCUUGGACCGGUCGGACUCGAUAAGAUGCUUGUCGACGAGACUGGCGAAACGACCAUCACCAACGACGGAGCUACCAUCCUCAAGCUUCUCGACAUCCAGCACCCUGCUGCUAAGCUUCUGGCACAGAUUGCCGAUCAGCAAGAUUACGAGGUCGGAGAUGGAACUACUUCCGUCGUCAUUUUCGCCGCUGAGCUUUUGAAAGGAGCCGAAGAGCUCGUCCGACAAAAGAUUCACCCCAACUCUAUCAUCGCAGGUUACACUCUCGCCUGCAAAGAAGCGAUCAAGUACAUUCGAAGUGCUCUCACCAUUCCGAUGGGCGAGAUUAACCGUGACUCCAUCAUCGCCGCGGCCAAGACCUCAAUGAGCUCGAAGAUCAUCAACAUGCACUCUGAAUUCUUCGCCGAAAUGGUUGUUGAUGCUGCCUCCCUUGUCAAGUUCACCGAUCCCAAGGGAAUUGACCGAUAUCCUAUCAAAUCCAUCAACAUUUUGAAAGCAAAUGGCAAAUCAGCUAAAGAAACUCAGUUGGUCAGAGGAUACGCUCUCAACUGCAUGCUGGCAGAUCACCAGAUGAAAAAGAAAAUCACCAAGGCUAAGAUUGCCUGCAUCGAUUUCUCCCUUCAAAAAACGAAAAUGAAGAUGGGAGUCCACGUCAUUGUUGAUGACCCAGAGAAACUCCAAGCUAUUCGACAGCGAGAGGCUGACAUCACGAAAGAACGUGUCAACAAGAUCCUGGCGUCAGGAGCUAAUGUUAUCCUUACCACCGGCGGUAUUGAUGAUUUGAACACGAAGUAUUUGGUCGAUGCUGGUUGCAUGGGUGUCCGACGAGUCCUCAAAAAAGACAUGAAACGAAUUGCGAAGGCUACUGGAGCCACCAUCGUCUCAUCCUUGUCCAACAUGGAGGGAGACGAAGUCUUCGAAGCCUCAUCUCUAGGACACGCUGAGUCUGUUGAGCAGGAGCGAAUUUCUGACGACGAGCUUAUCAUGAUCCGAGGAACUAAGAAACAAACUUGUUGCUCUAUCAUCGUUCGAGGCGCCAACUACUUUAUGUGUGACGAGAUCGAACGAUCUGUGCACGAUGCUCUCUGCGUGGUCAAGCGUGUCUUCGAGUCUAAAUCUCUUCUCUGCGGUGGUGGUGCCGUCGAGGCUGCCCUGUCCAUCUUCCUUGAGAACUACGCUGACAGCAUGAGCUCACGAGAACAGGUCGCCGUUGCCAAGUUCGCCCAGUGUCUUCAGGUCAUUCCAAAGACUUUGGCAAUCAACGCUGCUCUCGAUGCCGCCGAUCUUGUCUCCAAGCUGCGAGCCUUCCACAAUGAGUCCCAGAUCAACGAAAAGCGGGCACACUUUAAAUAUUGCGGUUUUGACUUGGAAAAGGGCUGUAUCCGAAACCAGAAAGAAGCUGGUGUCUUUGAGCCAACUAAGAUCAAGACAAAAUCGCUCAAACUCGCCACUGAAGCGGCCACUACCAUUCUUCGAAUCGACGACUCCAUCAACCUGCAUCCCACCGAAGGCAAGCAGAAGAGCUACUCCGAUGCUCUGGCUGCCGGUGAGCUCGACGGAUAA